UAACCCUUCCCUGUCAGGGCUGGAUGGGGGAGGGUAAGAUAAUGCAUAAUUGCUUGCUUUACGCAGCUCAUAGGCAGGCAGGCAGUUUAGGCAGAGAGACACUGAGAAGAACGCUUGGAGAGAUUGAGAGGAGGCACAAAAUAAAGAAAAAGAGAGAAAAGUAAGACAAAAGGGAAACAAAUCACCAACAGCACAACAAAAUGGAUCCCAACAAGAUGCCAAGCGCCCCACCACCAGGCUGGAACCCAGAUGAGAAGUCUGGGAUAGGACAACCAGCUCCUCCACCCUACCAGGACCACCCCCAGUACCCCAAUGCAGGAUACCCUGCACCAGCAGGCUACCCCCCGAAUCCCCAGGGCUAUGCACAACCGUCCCAGUAUGGAGGAGCUCCCGGGGCCCCUUACGGCCAGACAUACCCCCAGGGACAGUUCCCCCCGGGACAGUACACCCAGUCCACCGUCACAGUUCAGCCUACGGUGUUUGUGACCCAGGGAGCUCUGCCUUUCCCUCUGCCAGACUACCUGGGCUACUCCAUCUUCACCAUGCUGUGCUGCUGCCUGCCACUUGGCAUCGCUGCACUUAUCUACUCCAUCUCGACUCGAGACGCCAACAACCAGGGUCACCAGCAGAUUGCUGAGAGGAGUUCUCGUCUAGCACGGAUACUGAACCACGCUGCCCUGGGUAUCGGCAUCACCGUCAUCAUCCUGUACAUCGUCUACGCCGUCAUCCUGGCCAGCAGUAUCAACUGAUCUGACACCUCAACACCGGCUAACACCACAGCCUCCGCUUCUCUCAACCCCAACCCCCAAAAUCAUCCUGACCUUGACCACCAACAAUAGGUGCCGGUGACAGGCACUUUCCAAAGAGAUAUAUCCCACUGGGCACACACUGGUUGAAUCAACAUUGUUUCCACGUCCUUUCAAUGAAAUGACGUUGAACCAACGUGGAAUAGACGUUGAAUUGACGCCUGUGCCCUGUGGGAUACAUCAUAAUGCUGUUUAUUCAUCAAUGUUUAUGACAUGCUUUUAAAAAAACGAUACAUCUAAUGAAUUACUUUUUUGAAAUACCUGCAGACCGAAUAGUUUAAAUCAUUCAUUCUUUUGCCUGUUUAAUUUUAAUUGUAAUAUACAUAAAUAAACACCAAAUUAUGGAUACUAAUUGUAUUAGGAAUAUUUCUAAUAUUUGUCUUAAGGAUAGUGUAUGUGUAUUCAGUGUGUAUUGAUAAGUCAUAUCAGAGUUUAGAGACAGAUUCUUAAAGUCUGAGAGGACACUCACAAGAGUAACCAUUUUACAACUCAAUGUCAAAUAUUAACUUCUUUUUACACAAAUGUAUCAAUUUGCUCAAUUCACUGUUGUGUGCUGUCAGCAAUGGCACAAGCAAGACUCAACUCAACAUAUUUUGGACAACUGUGGAGACUAAGGCCUGGAUUCAAUCUGUAGCGCAGAAGAUCCGCUGUAUAGCACGAUUUAAAUUUAAAGGUAAUUUCCGAUUGAGUCAACAUAUGCAGCGUUUUCCGUGAAUGCAGUCUCCGCGAACGCAGGAACAUUGCCUUCCACGCUACGGAUUGAAUCUAGCUCUAGAAGUCAAAAGAAAUUGCAGUGCUCUUCCAGUUUGGCCUUACAGUUGAUUCAUUUGGUGAAAUGUUCACACUAUUCCAUGUCAUUUAUAGUCACAUAUUGUCAGAUUAUGUAUAACACUAUAUAUGUUAGAUAUAUCUUUUAUUUUACUAUGUAUUCAGUGUUGCUCACCUCUUUUAUUUACCAAGGGGUUGUACUUUAUCCUUCUCUAAAGUGUGUAGUUGCUUUAUUUUAAACUGUAUGUCUAAUGACUUACUUUUUAAAAUACCUGCAGACCAGAUAGUUUAAACCAUUCAUUAUUUUGCCUGUUUAAUUUUAAGUUUAAUAUACAUAAAUAAACACCAAAUUAUGGAUACUAAUUGUAUUAGGAAUAUUUCUAAUAUUUGUCUUAAGGAUAGUGUAUGUGUAUUCAGUGUGUAUUGGUAAGUCAUAUCAGAGUUUAGAGACAGAUUCUUAAAGUCUGAGAGGACACUCACAAGAGUAACCAUUUUACAACUCAAUGUCAAAUAUUAACUUAUUUUUACACAAAUGUAUCAAUUUGCUCAAUUCACUGUUGUGUGCUGUCAGCAAUGGCACAAGCAAGACUCAACUCAACAUAUUUUGGACAACUGUGGAGACUAAGGCCUGGAUUCAAUCUGUAGCGCAGAAGAUCCGCUGUAUAGCACGAUUUAAAUUUAAAGGUAAUUUCCGAUUGAGUCAACAUAUGCAGCGUUUUCCGUGAAUGCAGUCUCCGCGAACGCAGGAACAUUGCCUUCCACGCUACGGAUUGAAUCUAGCUCUAGAAGUCAAAAGAAAUUGCAGUGCUCUUCCAGUUUGGCCUUACAGUUGAUUCAUUUGGUGAAAUGUUCACACUAUUCCAUGUCAUUUAUAGUCACAUAUUGUCAGAUUAUGUAUAACACUAUAUAUGUUAGAUAUAUCUUUUAUUUUACUAUGUAUUCAGUGUUGCUCACCUCUUUUAUUUACCAAGGGGUUGUACUUUAUCCUUCUCUAAAGUGUGUAGUUGCUUUAUUUUAAACUGUAUGUCUAAUGACUUACUUUUUAAAAUACCUGCAGACCAGAUAGUUUAAACCAUUCAUUAUUUUGCCUGUUUAAUUUUAAGUUUAAUAUACAUAAAUAAACACCAAAUUACAGAUA